AUGCCGUGCUGUGUGGCCGUGUCGUGUGGCCGUGUCGUGUGGCCGUGUCGUGUGGCCGUGCUGUGUGGCCGUGCUGUGUGGCCGUGUCGUGUGUGGCCGUGCUGUGUGGCCGUGCUGUGUGGCCGUGUCGUGUGUGGCCGUGCUGUGUGGCCGUGUCGUGUGUGGCCGUGCUGUGUGGCCGUGCUGUGUGGCCGUGUCGUGUGGCCGUGCCGUGUGGCCGUGUCGUGUGUGGCCGUGCUGUGUGGCCGUGUCGUGUGUGGCCGUGCUGUGUGGCCGUGUCGUGUGUGGCCGUGUCGUGUGUGGCCGUGCUGUGUGGCCGUGUCGUGUGUGGCCGUGUCGUGUGUGGCCGUGCUGUGUGGCCGUGCUGUGUGGCCGUGUCGUGUGGCCGUGUCGUGUGUGGCCGUGUCGUGUGGCCGUGUCGUGUGGCCGUGUCGUGUGUGGCCGUGUCGUGUGUGGCCGUGUCGUGUGUGGCCGUGCUGUGUGGCCGUGUCGUGUGUGGCCGUGUCGUGUGUGGCCGUGUCGUGUGUGGCCGUGUCGUGUGGCCGUGUCGUGUGGCCGUGCCGUGUGGCCGUGCCGUGUGGCCGUGUCGUGUGGCCGUGCCGUGUGGCCGUGCCGUGUGGCCGUGUCGUGUGUGGCCGUGCCGUGUGGCCGUGCCGUGUGGCCGUGUCGUGUGUGGCCGUGUCGUGUGUGGCCGUGUCGUGUGUGGCCGUGCUGUGUGGCCGUGCUGUGUGGCCGUGCUGUGUGGCCGUGCUGUGUGGCCGUGCCGUGUGGCCGUGCCGUGUGGCCGUGUCGUGUGUGGCCGUGUCGUGUGGCCGUGUCGUGUGGCCGUGCCGUGUGGCCGUGCCGUGUGGCCGUGUCGUGUGGCCGUGCCGUGUGGCCGUGCCGUGUGGCCGUGUCGUGUGUGGCCGUGCCGUGUGGCCGUGCCGUGUGGCCGUGUCGUGUGUGGCCGUGUCGUGUGUGGCCGUGUCGUGUGUGGCCGUGCUGUGUGGCCGUGCUGUGUGGCCGUGCUGUGUGGCCGUGUCGUGUGUGGCCGUGCUGUGUGGCCGUGUCGUGUGUGGCCGUGUCGUGUGUGGCCGUGCUGUGUGGCCGUGCUGUGUGGCCGUGUCGCGUGUGGCCGUGUUGUGUGGCCGUGUUGUGUGGCCGUGUCGUGUGGCCGUGUUGUGUGUGGCCGUGUCGUGUGUGGCCGUGUCGAAUCAGCUGUGUUACAGUACAGAUACAAUCUCUGAACACAGCUCACUCGUCUCCAUGUGCGCCGCUGAUGGUGAUCUUCCUGUAGCUGCUCAGCGUGACGGCGAAAUGAUAGAUGAGGAGGAGGAAAUGAUGGGGUAG